AUGGAAGUUAGGAUUAUAUUCAGAAAGGGUGUUGAUCCAACUGAAAUUAGUCUGAUGAAUACAUUAACAACCAAGUUACAUUUUCUAGUGGAUGAAACAUAUAUUCGUACAGAUGAUAUUGUUGAGUUAUUAAAAGAGCACGGUAAUACAAUUUCAUUAGUCCUAUUGAGUGGUAUACAGUACUAUACAGGACAAUUAUUUGAAAUUGAAACUAUAACACAUGUUGCACAUAAACAAAUCUUUGACAAAGUUUCACUCGAUCAACUACGAUUAAAAUCAAAACUAUUAACACAAUAUCUUCAAUAUUUAAUUGAAACUGAAUUAUCUUUAGAAGAAUUUCAAAUACUUACACCGACAGAUCCUGAUCAACGUGGUGCACAAUUGUGA